AUAGCAACCGGUGAAGUUUGGCUCUACGGUCACUCUUAAUACACUGUGAAUACAAGCUAACUAGAAGUUUUAAACGUUUUUCUCCAGUCCUGUAGCUACCGUUAUUCUAUCUUUAUCUAAAACUGACAGUCGGUGUGUUGUAAGGUACUAGUUCAGAGACACAUGACUGAAACUGAGGUGAAGAACGAUGGAAACAGCGGAUGAAAAGCGAGACAAAAGUCAGCAGACGCUGCAGUCAGCUGCCUCGCUCAAAGCUUUCAUGAUGAAAAACAGCACGGAAAGCAACCUGAACCUCUAUGACCACCUCACUUUGUUGCUGAUGAAGGUGAUGGAUGAGCAACCACAAAAUGCGGUUGAUGUGAUUGAGGAUAUGAGUCGGGAUGUGAAGCGGGGUUUAUUUAAAGACAAGCAAAGCACCUUGCGAGACCUUCCGCAGACUACAGCUGCUGAGCUGCUGGCUGAGCAGCAGCGCGUGCUGUUUUCACGACCAGAAGAGGCUGACCAGGAGGAGGAACUGAUUGAAACACCUCUUCCUAAUGUGAGUGAGAUUGGCUUCUACUUGGAGCAGGCUGGAGUGGGUCUGGGCAGAGAGGAGAUGCAGAGGAUCUUCCUUGCACUCAAGCAGCUUGUUGAGACGCAGGUGCUGCUACGCUGCCGACUGUGGGGCAAGAUUCUGGGAACAGAGGGCAGCUAUAUCGUUGCUGAAGUUGAGUACAGAGAGGGGGAGGAAGGGGAGGAGGAGAGUACUGAGGAAGAGGAGAGAGAGGCAGAGACUGAAGAGAAUGAGAUUGAUCCACUUCCUCAGUCAACCUAUAAACCCCAACCAGCAGUGCCGAAGGAGCCCCUUGGAACUGGUGCUAACAAGUAUGUUUAUUACGUGUGCAAAGAGCCUGGUCUUCCUUGGGUAAAACUCCCUUCAGUCAGUCCUGCGCAGAUCACUGUUGCUCGCCAGAUUCGCAAAUUCUUCACUGGGACGCUGGACAGCCCAAUUAUCAGCUACCCGCCUUUCCCCGGGAAUGAAGCCAACUACCUAAGAGCACAGAUCGCUCGCAUCUCUGCUGGCACACAGGUGAGCCCCCAGGGCUUCUUCCAGACUGGGGAGGAGGAAGGUGAUGAGGAAGAUGAGUCACCCCGGGACAGCUGUGAAGUGAAUCCUGACUUUGAGGGCGUUCCAGUUGCUGAGAUGGCUGAGUCUUUGUCUGCCUGGGUGCAUCAUGUGCAGCACAUCCUGCAGCAGGGCCGCUGUACUUGGGUAAAACUGGCUGUGAAACCAGAAGACGACUCCAAUGAGGAAGGGGAGGCCGAGGAGAAGGAAGAGGAGCCUGAUGAGCCUGAGCCAGAAGUUGGACCCCCUCUGCUCACCCCCCUCUCCCAAGAUGCAGAAUUGUUCAACACUCCUCCCUGGACCUCCAAGGUGUCCUCCACUCUCACCGCUCAGCAUGCUGUAGCUGUGCUGCGUUCCAACCUCUGGCCAGGGGCUUAUGCAUAUGCAUGUGGAAAGAAGUUUGAGAACAUAUAUGUUGGAUGGGGUUUGAAGUAUGCAGGGGAAGGGUACGGCCCACCCGUCCCCCCGCUGCCACAGAAAGAAUAUCCCAGUGGACCACAGAUCACAGAGGCCCUGGACCCAUCACUGGAGGACGAGCAGAUGCUGAAGGACGCUUUAGAGGAGCAGCAAGAUGCCCAGGAAGAGAUGGAGGCCUCAGAUGAAGAGGAUGAGGAAGAUGACGAUUAAAAAAAGUUACUUAUCUUUAAGAAUUUAUACGCAAGUCAAUGGCCAAAUAAACCAUUUUACUCUCCAACAUGUAAAUGUAAAUGUAAA